GUUACAGGAGCUAACAGUGUGCUCAGAGGACAACGUUGAUGUUCACGAUAUCGAGCUGAUGCAGUACAUCAAUGUAGAUUGUUCAAAACUGAAGAGGCUUUUGCAAGAAAUGGUGCCAAAGUUCAGAGCUCUAAAGAAACCUGCGCAGCUUGCCGUCAUCAACAGUUUAGAGAAGGCUUUUUGGAACUGGGUGGAAAAUUACCCAGAUGAAUUCACAAUGCUGUACCAGCGUCCACAGACUGACAUGGCAGAGGCUGCAGAGAAGUUGUUUGACCUGGUGGACAGUUUUGCAGAAAGUGCUAAGAGGAAGGCUGCUGUUUGGCCUCUUCAGAUCAUCCUCCUCAUCCUUUGCCCAGAGAUCACACACACAAUCUCUAAAGACACAGUGGAGGACAGUAAGGCCAACAAGAAACUGUUUUUGGAUAGUUUGAGAAAAGCUUUAGCUGGGCAGGGUGGGAACAAGCAGCUGAUGGAGAGCGCUGCCAUCGCCUGUGUCAAACUUUGUAAAGCUUCUACCUACAUCAACUGGGAAGAUCAUUCAACCAUUUUCCUCCUGGUCCAGUCCAUCGUCAUGGAUCUUAAGGCUCUGCUGUUCAACCCAGCCAAACCUUUCUUGAGAGGUACAGGAAGUCAGAACACUGAUGUGGAGCUUAUGGUGGAUUGCUUCGUCUCAUGUUUUCGUAUUAACCCUCACAACAACCAGCAAUUUAAGGUAUGUUUGGCCUCCACUUCCCCGUCGACCUUUCACUUCGUCUUGGUCAACUCCUUGCAUAGAAUUAUUACUAAUUCACAUCUGGACUGGUGGCCUAAGAUCGAUGCAGUGUACUGUUACUCUGGAGAGCUUCGAUUCAUGUUCUCAGACACUCUGAACAGAGUCAUGCAGAGCUCUGGCACUCAUGCUCCACUACGCAUGACGCCGUUUGGAGUCCUGGGUCCUGGUCUCCCAGCACUAGUCAGGUGGAGUAACCUCCUCUCCGGCCUCUGCCCCCUGGAUGCCCAAAACCACGUCCACUGCAUCGGUGUGGACUUGGGGUCACCUUUGGCCAUGUACGGUACACCAGUUGAGGGCCAGUCGGCCCUCCAACCUCCAGCAUCAGGUGGGGCGUACGAUGGUGGGUCAGUGAAACCAGCCAGAGAGGGGUACAGCUGUGCCGUGGGAGACGGAGGUCCAUAG